AUGGCUACUCCUCGUCGCCCUCCUCCGGCCUACACAGCGCCCCCGGAUUCGGGGAUCCAUGCGACAUCCCAACUCUACCAGUCUAUCUCCAAGACAGCAUCAGACCCCGCCGCACGCAUCCCUAGGGAAUCUUUUACAAUUCGGCCGUGCUCGGGUCAGGCCUGGGUCGUUCCCGCUGGCCACAUCUGCCGUUUGACGACACCCGAAGGCCCCCAGGUGGGUGACCUGAAUAUCUGGAAUGCGAACAAUCCCCGUGAGCGAAUGUGGGCAGCGCGAACUCGGCAGAUUCAUGCCUCGCAUGUCUCCGUGGGUGACCGGCUCUGGUCCAACCUGCCGUAUCUACGACCCCUAGUGACAAUCACAGGCGACUCACUGGGAGGCGGACAAUUGCAUGAAGUGUUAGGACCAGACGGAAAGCGGAAGCCGGAAGUUGUGUUUGGCACUACGCAGUUUGGAGGACGGGUGCAUGACCUUAUGGGUACUCGAUGUGAUCCCUACGUAAAUCUUCUUAUGGGUGGUGAAACUUUUGAUUUUCACUGCCAUUCCAACUUGACCCGGGCGGUGGCACCUCAUGGCUUGACAGAGCUGGACGUUCACGAUGUUUUGAAUGUGUUUCAGGUGACAGGGUUGGAUGAAGAGGGUAAAUACUUCAUGGAGACUUCACCUGCAAAGGCGGGCGAGUACUUUGAAUUCUUUGCCGAGGUUGACGUUCUCUGUGCACUUUCGGCAUGUCCUGGCGGCGAUCUCUCGAACUGGGGUUGGGAUGACAAGGAGGGCGGCAUGGGCUCGACCUGCCGCCCACUUGGUGUCGAGGUGUACCAAUUAGCUGAUGGAAAGGUGCUUAACGAUUGGGAAUCCCCAUCGAGCCCUCCAUACAAAGGUCUGCAUGGAAUGAGAAUGCCUUCUCGUGACUAA